AUGCAACGAGAAUUCAUUUGUGAAUUCUAAACCGUCAAAAGUCCUUCUCAUCAAGCAGCUACAAGAGCAAGUGAUGAUUCUAGAAACUGAAAGAAAAAGGAAAAGUGCGGAGUCUGUUGUGUAUGUUGAGAAAUCUGAGGUGUGCGGAGAGGAAGAUGUGUCAGAAACUUAGUCAAAUUCAGGGAUGGAAACUCGUACGGAGUCUCAAAAGCACUGAGUAGGUUGGUGCUACCUGAAGUGGAGGCAAGAGUGUCUGAGAAGAACAUCCUCAUUCAGAUCCACUGUGAAAAACACAAAGGAGUGUUGAUGUACAUCCUCAAGUUCAUUGACAAACUCCAUCUCUCUGUUCUUAACACCACUUCCUUGCCUUUUGGAACCUCCAUUGUCGACAUAACCAUCACUGCCAAGGUGAUUAAUAUUUCGUCACCCAAUACUCCUGGCUUGCGCAUGCUUCAAGGAAGAAAGCAAUUGAAGGAUCUUGUGAAGAAGGUACAAGCUGCUCGUGAUGAAAUGCAAUGGGGUGACGAGGGUCCACCUCCGUUGCUGGUAAAAAUUACUCCAGAUUUGUCAAAAGACGACCUUGAAGACAUUGCUGCAAUUUUAUCAAAUACAACCAUUUCCAGACCAGAUACUGUUAGUAGCAAUCCAUUAGCUUCAGAAGCUGGUGGGUUGAGUGGGAAGCCUCUUCUUGAUCUCUCUACCAAUAUCUUAAAGCAGAUGUAUAUCUUGACACGGGGCAAGAUUCCUUUGAUUGGCUGUGGGGGCAUUAGCAGUGGUGAGGAUGCAUACAAGAAAAUAAGAUCUGGAGCAACUCUUGUUCAACUAUAUACUGCUUUUGCUUAUGGGGGACCUGCACUUAUUCCACAAAUGAAGGUGGCUGCUCUUGUUCCUAAAGGGGAGCUUGAUGGUGAAAUGGGGGAUGCACACAUGGCAAUGCAGGCUAGGUUGAUGAGCCAGGCCCUUUGAAAAUUAAGCCACUCCUUGUCAGUUUCUCAAUGUAUAUUGAUUUUUAUAAACCAGUGAAUCAACAACAACUGCGAGCACUCUUGUGGCUUAGAGCGAGUUGUUCAAUUCGAUGAUAGUGUCAAGUUCUAUUCUCAGUGUACUUUUUGAUAAGCAGACCUCUCUCUCUCUCUCGGAGUCUUAUCCCAAGCCCCACAAAGAUGGAUAGAGCCUCUGUGGUGGGUGAUGUCAUUGAAUAUAUAAGGGAGCUGCUUAGAACGGUUAAUGAGCUCAAAUUACUGGUGGAGAAGAAAAGAUAUUAAAGGGAGAGAUGCAAAAGGCAGAAAGCGAAAGAUGAUGCUGCAGAGAGUUGUAACAUAAAGUCUUUCAGCAAUCCAGAUGGAUGCAUAAGGACCUCAUGGCUUCAAAGGAAAUCAAAAGAUAGCGAGGUUGAUGUGCGGAUUGUUGAUAAUGAUGUUACAAUCAAACUCUUCUAGAGGAAGAAGAUUAACUGUCUGCUUUCAGUCGCCAAAUUUCUGGAUGAACUUCAGUUGGAACUUCACCAUGUUGCAGGUGGACAUGUUGGCAAAUAUUACAGUUUCUUGUUCAAUAACAAGAUAAUAGAAGGUUCUUCAGUCUAUGCCAGUGCUAUAGCCAACAGUGUGAUCGAUGUUAUGGACACUCAGUAUUCAGCAGCAGUUCCACAUACAGGUACCUAUUAGGUUAAGGGGAUAAUAGUUUCAAGUUUAGGCACUGCAACAAAGUUCAAGUAACUAGUUACAUGUGCGAAAAUAAGAAAAGAUAACUGUCUGUAUUGCAAAUUAUGAUCCGUCGAGGUUAUUGAGUAACCUAAGCAGUCUCUAUGCUAAUACUUUUCAAAGUAAUAAUUAGUGGAUAUAAUUUGCUUAAUUAUUUGUAUAGGAAUUAUUACUUUUAAUUUUUAAUACUAAAAAUUAUAUAUUAUGUUUGAUA